AUGUUAUUGGCUGUUGAAUCAUUUAAAAAGUCUUUUCCUCCUCCUCCUGAUUUAGAAAAUACGUAUAAUUCCAUGAAUGGAAAUAAAGAAAAGGCAGAUGAUGGCAUAGAAGAACCUAAAGUCCAGCUCUACACUGGAAAGAUCCAUGUGGAAUGGAAGCAAGUUCACAAAAUUGGAGCUGGCCUCAACAACCUAGGAAAUACAUGCUUUAUGAACACUGUGAUUCAAUGUCUGACGUAUUGUCCACCAUUGGCAAAUUACUUGUUGCAUGACAAUGAUCACCCUACUAAGUGCACAAUAACUGGUUUCUGCAUGAUGUGUGUUCUUCAAAAACAUAUGAAGAGAGCAAUUGGUAAAACUGGAGAAAUUAUAAAGCCACUAGAUGUAUAUCAACGUCUCAAAUUAAUUGCAAAACACUUCCAAUAUGGCAGGCAAGAAGAUGCACAUGAAUUUCUUAGAUUUGUUAUAGAUAAUUUGGUGCAGUCGUGUUUAGCCCAAAGAAAUGUUUGUACAAAGUUAGAUCCUGCAAGUAAAGAAACUACUAUUAUUAAUCAGAUUUUUGGUGGUUAUCACAGAAGUCAAGUUACGUGUUUGAGCUGCAAAACGAAAAGUAACAAGUAUGAUCAUUUCAUGGAAAUCCUUGUUGAUGUUAAGCAAAAUGUGCUCAGUUUGGAGAAAGCACUUGAAAAAUCUAUUCAGCCAGAGCUCUUGCACCUAGACAACUCAUAUAGUUGUCCGAAAUGUAAGACGAGUGUUGCUGCACAGAAGAAGUAUACAGUAUAUCGUGCUCCGAAUGUUGCAACUUUUCAACUAAAAAGAUUUGAUUAUAAUCGAUCAUUUGGAGGGAAAAUCACAAAACAAAUAACUUACCCUGAAAAACUGAACAUGAGACCAUAUAUGUCUGAACCCAAAGGUGAUCCUGUUUUGUAUCGCUUGAAUGCGGUAUUAGUGCACACUGGAGCUUCUUGCAAUUCUGGACAUUAUUACUGCUAUGUUAAAAAUUCAAACGGAUACUGGUACAUAAUGGAUGAUCAGAGGGUUCAUCAAGUCAGCUUGAACCAGGUUCUAAACCAGGGUGCUUAUAUUUUAUUUUAUGUUAAAAUGGAAUCUUCAGAAAACUCUUUCUUAAAGAAAUGCCUUGAAAAUAAGAAUUCUGUAAUGAAAGGAAAUAUUUCAAGUCCAAACUAUAAAAAAGUUCCCGACUUAUCCACACCGAAACCUUCACCUUUGAAUGAAAUAAAUCAAGUUACCUCAAGUCCCUCUGCCAAAGUAUCUGUGUAUUCUUUCCCAAGCGUGAACAAACAACAAAGCUUUUCUCCAAAUUUUAAGAAAGAUCGCAACUUUUCUCCCACUAAUAAAAACCAUUCACUGUCUCCCAACAGGAAGGAUCGGGUUUCUUUCGGCUUUCGAAUCUCCAAUUCUUCCGAUUUGAAUAAGUCUCCUAGUGUUGUUAAUUCUGUAGAUAAAAAACCUAAACCAUCUCCAGUGAAUUCAAACACAAAUAAUAGCCUCUGCGGACUUGUGCCUUAUGUUCAAGAUUCAUCUGAUUCUUCGGAUGAGAAUGAAAAUGUGCAGUUAUCAAACACUAAAGCUGAAAGAACUGAUGCUUUUAAUGUAAAUAAUGCUGAAAACAAAAAUUUAGGUCAAAAUAUUGUUAAACCUUCUAAAUCUGUUUUUAAUGCUAAAUCUUCACCAUCUGCAAUACCCUCUAAUACCUCCUGCACUAAAGUUAUAGCCACUGAAUCAUGGACAGUGACAGAAGCACCUAAUCCUGCUUCACCUAUUUCUAAUUCAAGUAAUAGUGUCAGCACUACGGCUGGGUGGCAGGUAAUAAUAGAUUCUCCAGUUGAAAAACAAUCAAAUAGUGUUUCCAUUUCAGAUGACAAGUUUAGUGAAGAAAGCAAAUCUAGCUCAGGAAAUAAUUCAGGCACUUCUUCAGGGGUUGAUAAACCAGAAUUUCCUUUAAAGAAUCAGACCAAGAGUCCACCAGAAACUGCAAAUAGUGAAAGUGCAUCUCAAAGAGUAUCCUCAAAUGAUAGACUUAAUAGAAGUGAUUCGAAAGAAAACUCGCCUUCUAGUAAGUGUAAUUUUCGCCGGCAAUCUUCCGAAAACGAAACAUUUUAUAAAAACGAAAAAAUCCACAGCAGGGAAAGCAACUCCUUUCUCAAAAGGAAAUGUAGUGACUCUGAUCAGAAAGUUCUUGAAGACUCCAAGUUUUCUUACAAUGAAAGCAGAUCUGGUCCAUUAUUUAAGAAACAUAAGUAUUCAGAGGAACUCUCAGAGAAAGAACUAAACUCUUCAGACAAAAAUUUUAAGUUCAGCACGAAAAACUCAGACAGAUGUAACACAUAUGAACCAAGUGCGUCUACACAAAAUGAUGCAUUUCAUAAAAACUCGUCCAGCCAGAAAGUGAAAGGGCAACAAAAUGGUGUAUCUAGUGGACAUUCAGAUGACAGAUCACUAAAAAAAUAUGUAAAUAAUAAAUCUGAUGAUGGAUCAGAAAGCGACAGUGAUAGCAAUUCAAGUUCUAGUAGUUCAAGUUCCAGUAGUAAAAUAGAAUAUGAGUGGGUUGAAAAAACCCAAGAGAAUACUAAGAAUGUUCACCAUUCUGCAUCAAAAGAUAAACUGCCUAAGACACUUGGUUAUUAUUCCUCUCCUUCCAAAUCUCAAGUAAAUUCAAAACAAAAUGUUGUUGCAGAGCUUACCAAAAACUCAUCAUAUGUUUAUGGAGCCAAAGUGCCCACAUGGAAAGGGGGAAACCACUACAGGGAAUUCUCAAGCAUCAAGCAUGAAAAUAGGAAGUCAUAUGACAAUUAUGAUGACGAAUUUGAUAGAGGAAAAUUCAAUGGCCUAGAAGGAUAA